GCUGGCAAGCACAAGUGGCAAAUCAAGCAUCAAGUUCAUGCCAUCUUGUGAUUGUAAAUGUUUUGUCAUUAUUUUAUGUGUAAUUUGUUUACGUUUUUAGUUUUUUUAUAAUACGGUAAAAUACUAAUCUAGAAUAAAAUGUUCGCAUAGUUGUAUAACAUUAUGUCGAAUAUGUUAUUUGUUUAAUAUUGCAGUACCGUUCAACGGUGGGUCACGGUCCAAAUUCUAGUCAAUCAUUUUUUCAACGAGCAUCUGAUUGAAUAAAAUGUUGUCAGCUAUAAAAAGGCUUGCUGGAAAAACUGAAAAUGGCAUUGUGCCAGGUACCAGCCCAGGACAUCAAACCAUGUCUCAAAAUCUUCAAAGAAAAUUUGCAAAAGGAGUUCAGUAUAAUAUGAAAAUCAUUAUCAAAGGAGACAGAAAUACUGGAAAAUCUUGUCUGUUCAACCGAUUACAAGGAAAGAAGUUUGUUGAAGAAUACACUCAAACUGAGGAAAUUCAGGUUGCCAGCAUACAGUGGAACUACAAAGCGGCCGAUGACGUUGUAAAAGUGGAGGUGUGGGAUGUGGUGGACAAGGGCAAGAAGCGCAUUCCGAUCGAGGGCCUGAAGCUGGGCGGGGCCGCCGCCUUGGGGGUUGUCCCGGAACAGGCGCCCGCCCUCGACGCCGAGUUCCUCGAUGUGUUCAAAGGAACCAACGGCGUUAUUCUCACCAUGGAUAUCACUAAAACAUGGACAUUCGAUUACGUCCAAAGAGAACUGCCGAAAAUCCCCGAGCACAUUCCUGUACUAGUUCUUGGAAAUCACUGUGAUAUGGCGCAUCAUAGAACUGUCACGGCAGACCAUGUACUCUAUUUUAUUGAGUCCAUCCAAAGGCCAAAAGGUGGCGCUCAAAUUCGCUACACAGAGUCAUCGAUGAGUAACGGCUUCGGCCUGAAAUACAUUCACAAAUUCUUCUGUCUGCCGUUUCUUCAGCUGCAGCGUGAAACUCUGCUUGGUCUUCUGGAAAGAAAUAAAACCGAAGCUGAAAUCACCGUCCACGAGCUUGAUAUCUAUCAGGAGAGCGAAGAUGCCGAUUAUGACAGGUUUUUGGACCAGCUGACCAGUAAACGGCGACAAAUGGCCGAGUCGCAUGGGCAGGCGGCGCUCGUCCAAAGCCAGAGCUCGCACAGCUUUGGCGCGCAUGCGCAGAACAGCUCAGCCACGCAUGCGCAGAACAGCUUAGCCCAGGGUGGCCAACUAUCCAGCAGCGACCUGGCCGCGAAGGCACGUAGCCUGUCAAUGCCUGACGUGAAGCCUGUCACGGUGACGUCAUCACCCGCCGUGAAGCCUGUCUCGGUGACGUCAUCAUCCAACCCUUCCACACCGCAGCCACCCACCCCUCGGCCCACCACCAACCCUCUGCCGCUGGCCAGCAACGGCCAGCCGAUUGUCGAGCCCGUAGCUGCCAACGGAAUCAUGGCCAAGUUUUUCGGCAAAAAGGAUGGCGGAGAUGAUAGAACAGGCCAUCCAGCAGCUCUAGUCCUGGAUGGAGUGUUGGACAUGUCGGUGAAAAGCGUAGAAGAAUUUGUGCCAGAUGGUGGUGAACUGGAUAACUCGUUUCUGGAAGAGAACCAUCAAAGUCAACUCAGCUCAAAUGCAGCGUCUGCGCUCAAAAAUGCUGAUGCGGUUGAUUCUGACAGCGAUACAGAAACAACCGGCAAUCCUUUGGUGACUGGAUUCCAAGAUGAUCUCGAUCCUGACGAAAUCAGUGUAACGGAACACAUUCGUCCUGUACCUGCCACCUCCGUCAGACCUCCUACAAUAAAUGAACCAGAAAAGGAGGCCAAAUCAUCAGAGGUGAAGUCGGACAAAGAUGAAGAGCUGGAAGAGAUGAAGAUCAGUGAGGAUGUGCUGGACGACUGGAUGACGCGACGAGUGAGUCCCACAGGACGUGUGAGUCCCGAGGGAGGGGAGGACAGCGCUCCUCAGGGCAUCGAGGUCACCAAGAUGCUAUCAACUGGCAACGAAAAGAACGGAGACAGGGAUAAAAGUUCGAGUCGGUCAAAGCAGCAUAAAAAGAAGUCGAGCAAAGAGAAAUCGAGUGAUAAAGAUAAGCAACGAAGUGAGAAGAGCAGCAAAGAAGAACGAAGAUCGAAAAAGAAGAAAGCAUCCUCGAAAUCAAGCAAUCACUCAGGUUCAGGCGAAGGACAUGACCAGCUUGAAGAUUUCCUCAAUUCCAACAAUAAUGGAUACGAAGUAUUCUAAUUGCUGGCCAGUGUACAGCCGAUGAGAUAUUACAAAUCAAACUUAGAAUUUUAAAACCUGUUAUAUUUAAUAGGAAAAUCAUGUAUUUUAAAAAAUAUCAGGUCUAUAAGCUUUCUUAUACUGGUAUCUUUGAUCUUCAGCAUAUGUGGAACUGAUCAUGAGCUUUUGAAACAUAUAAUAAUGUUUACAAACUCAAUGUUUAAGGGUUUCAAAAAAUUUCUAUUUAAAAACCUGCAGUCGAAAGUCUGGCAAGUGUCUCUCAAAGUGUAGGUAUGUCAAAAAAUGUGUAGUUAAAAACCUGCAGCCGACAUUAGUGUGAAGGUGUUCAUUUACAAUAUUAUUGUAAUGCCAUUUUUCUCAAAAAUAAAACCAAACAUUCCAUUUGAGUUUUGUCCUCAGAAAAUUUAACGUUCGAAAAUAUUAUACCGCAGCUAUAAUCUAAAAAUCUUGUGGCAUUCCUAUCGUAACAAAUUAAACUAAUAUUUAUUUAAUGAUUGAUUCCCGUUGAAACGUCAUGGUUGCAAUUAAUUUGCAAUCUAUGCCAUUGUUUAGAAAUGUUAUUAAAACAUAAAUCUCCAAUCAAAAAGCAAUUUACAGUACUUAUCAAAUUUUUUUACUAGUAUAUUAAGAAUUAGAAAUUAUGGACAGCUAUUCCUCACAAUUUCUAACUUCAGAGCACAGCCUAUUUGUUGAGAGAUCUUUCAAUUAUUAGAACUACUAAAAAGUCUUGGAUUCUGUCUGUCCUGAUUUCAGUGCGUGAAAUGAUGAAUUAUGUAAGCUGACUAUAGUAAAGAACCUGAUGUUUAUUCAUUUCUGGAUAAAAUUACAAUUCAUAUAAAUAUGAUUGGGAAAGAAUAACAAUGUUCGGAAAGAUAAUUGACUUUCUCAAAAAUCUUUCUCAUGGUAAACAUCAAUAAUAAAAUAACUUACCUUUCUCAUGGUAAACGUCAUUAAUAACAUAUUUUAAUAAAUGAGGGUAGUUACCCUAUUGGCUGUAAUCGCACAGGCUAGAUAACCGGUGUGCUCUCAUUUCUCCCUUUAAAAAAUUGUCUCAUGGAGUUAUGGGCUCCAUAAUGACUUCCUGGUGAUAUAAUCAACUAAAAUACCACCAGGAGAUAGAAUAACCGGUGAUACAUUAACCUCCCUGAAAUGUUGGUUCCUUUUAUCUCUCCAUCACACACGCACAA